AAGAAGAAGAAGAAGAAGAUAGAGAAAGAGAUUGGUGCCCGUGUGUUUGUUACCGUCACACUCACGGUUUUCACAAAAACGACGCCGGAGAGUCUCCAUCACCGGCCGUCGUUUCAAAACCCCAAAACUCUCCACUCUCUCUCCACACAACAAUGAACGAUCCUUAGAAUCAUCCAAAGACUCUUCCUUUUUCUUCUCUUCUCAUCGCAAUCUCUCUCUCAAUCGAAUCAAUGACUCAGAAGAAGAAGAAGAAGCCCGCCGUACCCGUGACGAUGGACCACGUCCUCCUGGCCUUACGCGAGACAAGCGAGGAGAGGGAGGUCCGGAUCCGAAGCCUGUUCGAUUUCUUCGACGGCUCGAGCCUAGGGUUCCUGGACUACGCCCAGAUCGAAAAGGGCCUGGCCUCGCUCCAGAUCCCUCCCGAGUACAAGUACGCAAGGGAGCUCUUCAGGGUCUGCGACGCCAACAGAGACGGCCGCGUCGAUUACCACGAGUUUCGCCGUUACAUCGACGCCAAGGAGCUCGAGCUCUACAGGAUUUUUCAGGCCAUCGACGUCGCUCACAACGGUUGCAUUUUGCCCGAGGAGCUCUGGGAGGCUCUCGUUAAGGCUGGCAUCGAAAUAGAUGACGAGGAGCUCGCUCGUUUCGUGGAGCAUGUUGACAAGGACAACAACGGGACCAUAACCUUCGAGGACUGGAGAGAUUUUCUUCUGUUAUACCCUCACGAAGCCACCAUCGAGAACAUAUACCAUCACUGGGAAAGAGUCUGCUUGAUAGACAUCGGAGAGCAAGCCGUUAUACCUGACGGUAUAAGCAAACAUGUCAAAAGAAGCAGGUUGCUUCUCGCGGGAGGAUUAGCAGGAGCCAUCUCUAGAACCGCGACCGCGCCUCUCGACCGCUUGAAAGUCGUUCUUCAGGUUCAGAGAGGGCACGCGGGUGUCCUCCCGACGGUCAAGAAGAUAUGGAGGGAAGAUAAGCUGAAAGGUUUCUUCAGAGGUAACGGGUUGAAUGUGAUGAAGGUUGCUCCUGAGAGCGCCAUCAAGUUCUGUGCUUACGAGAUGCUGAAACCUAUGAUUGGUGGGGGAGAGGGAGGUGGUGAUAUCGGUACGAGCGCGAGGCUUUUGGCCGGUGGGAUGGCUGGUGCGGUGGCUCAGACCGCUAUUUACCCUAUGGAUCUUGUGAAGACUCGGUUGCAGACUUGUUGUGUGAGCGAAGGUGGGAAGGCGCCGAAGCUGUGGAAGCUCACGAAGGAUAUAUGGGUGAGAGAGGGACCUAGGGCGUUCUAUAAGGGUCUGUUUCCGUCUCUUCUUGGGAUUAUACCUUAUGCAGGGAUCGACCUAGCUGCGUAUGAAACGUUAAAAGACUUGUCUAGAACAUACAUUCUUGAAGACACCGAGCCGGGUCCACUGAUACAGCUUAGCUGUGGAAUGACAUCAGGAGCUCUCGGAGCAUCAUGCGUUUACCCUUUACAGGUUGUAAGAACAAGAAUGCAAGCAGAUAGUUCAGAGACGACGAUGAGACAAGAGUUUAUGAAAACGAUGAGAGGCGAAGGUUUGAGAGGAUUCUACAGAGGACUCUUACCUAAUCUUCUCAAAGUAGUUCCAGCUGCAAGCAUUACAUACAUGGUUUAUGAAGCUAUGAAGAAAAACAUGGCUCUUGAUUGAUUAGAGCCAAAAUACACAUUUUUCUUGGGGUUUAGUCAUUCUUUUUUUUUUUUUUUGGUUCGAGAAGCAGAUGGUUUCUUGACUCUUGAGCUCUAGAUUUAUGCGAGAUAACAUAAACAAGCCGGUACUGUAAUAUGUCUGGUCUUUGAUGUGUUCAUGAUCCAAGACUCGAGUCUGUAAAGUUACAUAUUCAAAACGGAUAUUGGAUGGGUUAAAUUUA